AUUCUAACAAUUUUAAAUGGAUAUGAAUAUUAUGAUGACAUGAGAGAAGUUAAACAAAAAAUGCUGGAGAAGUACAAUGUUGAUGCCGUUCCGAAAUCUGCUAGUAAUGUGUCUCUUGUGGUGAACGCUACUUUGUAUGUUAUGGCUCUCAGUGGUUUGGAUGAGAAACAUCAAGUUCUAUCGAUGUCGGUAUUUUGGAUUAUUAGUUGGCAGGAUGUUAUAUUCAAAUGGGACAACACGAAAUAUAAAUCUGUAAAAGAAAUGACAGUCAAAGUUAGAGACCUGUGGGUACCUGAUGUUUUUGUCGUAAAUGCUCUCAAGGAUAUGCGCGUUAGUCGUUUGGAGGAAAAUGAAUAUGUGAAUGCAUUAUCAGAUGGACAUAUGACGUGGUAUCCGUCAACAGAAUUGAUGACGUCAUGCUCUGUGGAUAUUUCAAAAUAUCCCUUUGACAUUCAAGUGUGCAGCAUACGAAUAGAAUCCUGGUACCACAAUAGUAAAGAUUUUGUUUUAAAUCCUGGAAAUCCUGGAAUCGAUUUUUCUGAAAGUCAUUUUCUAGAAAAUGGAGAAUGGAAAGUUACUAACUUAACAUUAUUUUCAUAUAACUAUACGGAUUAUCUCGAUAACACAACAUUUUAUACUGGAAUUAAAUAUUUGAUUACAUUGAAGAGGAGAUCUUCUUACCACCUGUUGACCACGGGUUUUCCAUUUAUUAUCCUUAUGUUUCUGAACACACUCUCUGUUAUCAUCCCGACGGAAUGUGGAGAAAAAUUAGGAUUUUGUAUGGCACAGUUUUUAACAGUUAUUGUUUUUCUGACACUUGUUGCACAGUCAAUGCCCGUUUCUUCACUUACAGUUUCAUAUUUUACAUUAAUUAUUGCUUCGCAAAUUUUAAUCAGUGGAUUUUCGACGUUAAUUGUUGCUGUUAGCAUUUAUUUUCAAAAUAAAUCGGAAAACAAGAAACCGCCCUUGUUCCUGCAAAUUGUGUUAACACCACUUCUUUAUUUACAAAAUGUGUUUAAAAAUCCUGAAAAAGAAGACAAUGAGGAACAUGCAAUAACAUGGACGCAUUUUGAUGAAAGGCAAACCUGA